AUUCACGCGCGCUUCACCUUGGCCACAAAUUGAACAUAUCCUAAUCCUUUAACGAAAUCCAACCUAUGCGAAUUCCAAAUCAUUUUAAGCUGGAUCCUCCUCUAACCAGAGAUUCCAUGACGUAGUUUUGGUCGAGGAAAAUGAAUCCAAAGGGUUCAAAGUUGGUUUGCACUUUCAUCCUGCUCAAUUUUCUUUUCUUCAUUUCAAUUGCAUCUGAUAAUCUCCCAUGCCCUCCAAAAUCUACUACCCCACCUUCCUCUGCACCGCAGAAAUGCCCCGAAGAUACGCUUAAAUUUGGUGUUUGUGGAAGCUGGUUAGGCUUGGUCAGGGAAGAAAUUGGGACUAGACCAAGCGAGAAGUGUUGCACGCUGGUGAAAGGCCUCGCUGAUCUUGAAGCAGCACUGUGUUUGUGCACAGCUAUUAAAGCCAAUGUGUUGGGACCUGUCAAGAUCAAAGUGCCUGUUGCUCUAAGUUUGCUUGUCAAUGCUUGUGGAAAGAAGGCUUAGCUUUAAGGAGAAAAAAUGAAGUAAAUUGGAUGAAAAUGGUGUGAAGUUGAAUUUGUCAGCUGAGGCUAAAUGCUAAGAGCUGAGGCUAAGCGCUAGUUGUGAAGUUAUGCGUCAAUACUGAUUGCCAAGACUUAAGGCUCAGCACUAGAGCCCCUGGAAGAAGACCUUUUGGUGCAAAAAGUGACGCUCAGUGCCAUUUUAAUUAGGGCUUAGUGCCAAUUACGUAAUUGCAACAAAAGGCAAUUAUUUUAUACAAUUUUGGGUAGCUUUAGUUUAGGGGGUUAGAAAUGCUACAGCCUACCGGUAGAAGCUCUAAGAAAGGAACUUUAAUUGUGUUUUGGACCUUUCACUCUAUUUGCUUCCUUAAUCAUGUUUAGGAGUAGCUAAACUCCAUAUAUUCUUGUUGGGUUAAUUGUGAAUACUCAUUCUCAUGCACUUCUCUUUAUAAAUAAAUGUAUUUUUUU